CACCUAAAAAUGAUAAAAGACAUCCACACUUUUUUUGCUCCUUAAAAAUGCUCUGCUGUUAACCCUUCUAUAAACCCUUUUCCCAACGUUCCCUCAAUUCCACUCCUCUUCUUGAUGUCAUUCCGUCUAGGUUUUGGAUCCAACGCUUUUCUUGGAUCUUUCUCCAUCCAGUCCCUAUUCACUGAUCUCGAUUUCCCAUGAUAACCAGCCUAGAUAGUCACCUGUUUGUUGCUGUGAGAAGGGGACGAAAACCCACCUAUGGUCCAAAACUCUAAAUCUGAAGGAUUGUUUUCGGGUACUUUAUUGCUUAUUUGCAUCCAAAGUCUUGAACUUUAGGUGAAAAAUCUUUCUGGGUUUUGAUCAGUUGAGAAUUGUACCAUGCCAUCUAGAUUCCUGGGCUUCUGUUACAUGUGCUUUAAAAGUUAAAAUCCGCAGUGAAUUCAGUUUUUAGUAUUACAUUUAAGGCUAAAAAUAUAAGUUUUGGUUAUGUUUGAUUGAAGGAAGUCUGUUCUUUUUUGUGAAUUAAUUUGAAAAGGGCUGUUCUUGCUUUCUGGGAAUUGGAGGUUUCUGGAAAGGGGAAAAAGAUUAUCUUUGUUGUUUGGGAAUGAUUGAUGGGUUCGGGUGGGUUCUUCAUGAUAUGUAUUCUGCAUUCUUUGGUGGCCUUGAGCUGUGGAGGCGUGAUGAUGUUCCAUAGUUACGAGUUCCUUGAAUUCAGCCAUGGGAGAGACCGUGCCAGUAAGCUCGCAGGAUCAACCCCUCAUGAUCAGCUGUUAAUCCGAACUUCGGAUUCAUUUUCAGGGUUGUUACUGUUUGCAAUUGGUUUUCUCUUGCUCAUGGUAGCUUUUGUAAAGGACAGGGACUUUCAGAGCUUUUUUGCUAGGGGGUGUGUGCUUCUCCAUGUUGCAAUGGCAAUUUGGAGAAUAUACUUCGAGAGGAAGCUUGAAGUCCUUGGCCGCGAUUGGCUUCGCCUGGUUGUUGGUGAUAUAGUAUUGGGGCUUUCUUGGGUAUUUUUCCUUGUAUAUUCGUGGAGGGAGAAGUAUGAUUGAUUUGAGUGGGAAGCUUACUUUGCCUGAUCAGACACUGAAGAUCAUCAUCAGAGAGGCUAGGCUGAGUAGAAUUUGCUUCCCAGCAGUGCAAUCUUCUUGUUUCUGUCUCCUGUCUAGUGGAUCUCGUGGAUUUCUUUCACGAUGUCUAGUCUAGUGCAUCAGCACAAAUUUGUCGAUUUUGCUUUGUUUGUUGGUACAGUUUUCUUUUUUCCGAUAAGAAAUGGUAAAUGUAAUUUCCUUCUCUGAGAUUGAGAUUGUAAUCUGUGUCUUUCCAGAACUCUGUUUGGUUUGCAAUUCACACUAGUCUCUUAUUAUGGUGUAUAUAUGAUGAUAUGAGUGCUUGGUUUGUGAGUUA